UGGCUCGAGGGUGGAGAGACUUCAUUGGGUGGAACGCGUGGGCGCGGGUAUUGGUGUAUCCAGCAACGACGCCUUGGUGCACCGACAACAUGGAAGAGAGCGGUUUUUGUGCGGCCUACGAGCGGUUGCCUGCCAAGCCAGCCACAUGCAUCCGCUUCUUUGAUCGCGGCGACUACUACACUUUGCACGGCGACGAUGCUCUGUACGCGGCCAAGAACAUCUUCAAAUCCCAGGGCGUGCUCAAAUACUACGGCGCCAAAAAAUUGCCGUCCUGCAGCAUGAACCAGAUGCUCUUUGAGACGACCAUCCGUGAUCUGCUGUUGCAGCGCCGCUACCGCGUCGAGGUCUUCAGUAGCUCGGGCAAAUCCCACCAAUGGGCCGUGACCAAGAAGGCCUCUCCGGGCAACACCCAGGCCUUUCAGGACAUUCUGUACAACAGCGAUCUGGUUCAGUCAUCCAUCGUUCUGGCUGUCACCCUGCAAGGAAGCGGCAAUGAUCAGCUGGUUGGCGUUGCAUUUUGUGACACUGCCCAGGCCAGCUUUGGAGUGUGCCAAUUUCCUGACACUGCCCAGUUCAACAACUUUGAGGCUCUUUUGGUGCAGGUUGGGCCAAAGGAAGUCUUGUUGCCGUCAGAGCAAAACAACCCUCUGAUUACCAAGUUGUCCCAGAUCUCCGAGCGCUAUGGCGCCAUGGUGACACCACGACGCAAGGCUGAUUACCAGGCCAAAGAUGUGGUGCAAGACUUGGAGCGCUUGUUGAAACUCGCGCAGGACCAAAAAGCGGCUGCCCUGCCGCAGGUGGACGAAAAGGCUGCCAUGGCUGCCUUGUGCUGCGUCAUCCACUAUCUGGAUCUUCUCGCCGAUGACGCCAACACAAACAAGUUUCGUCUCAGUACCUUCAACUUUACCCAGUACAUGCGAUUGGACAGCGCAGCCAUGCGUGCUUUGAAUGUCUUUCCGGCCGGUCCCCACAGCACAAAGUCACACUCACUCUUUGGACUUCUCAAUCACUGCAAGACGCUCCAGGGACAGCGUCUGCUAUACCAGUGGUUGAAGCAACCCCUCCUUGACGUCAAUCGCAUCCGUGAGCGCCACGACUUGGAAACUGCUUUGAAGAAGAUGCCAGAUCUCAGCCGACUGUCCAAGAAGUUUGCUCGCCAACGGGCUCGCCUGCAAGACGUGGUGUCUGUCUACAUGGCCGUCAAGCGCUUGCCUGAUUUGAUUGAGCACCUCCAGGAUUUUGAAGGCACCCAUGCCACCCUCUUGCACAAACAAUUUUUGGAGGAUUUUACUACUCUGUUCGAGGACUUUGAAAAAUACCUCGAGUUGGUUGAGCGCACGAUUGAUCUGGAGCAAGCCGACCAUCAAAAUUACUUUAUCAAACCAACGUUCAAUGAAGACAUGCAGAAGACCCGCGAGGCCAUCGAUACGAUUGAAGAGGAAAUCACCUCGGCCUGCGAAGAGGCAGCAGAGGACCUAAACCUCGAGUAUGGCAAGAGCCUCAAGUGUGAGCAAGACGCGAAGAGCAAGCAGUAUCUCUUUCGCGUCACACGGGCAUAUGAUAAGCUGCUGCGUAACAACAAGGCCUACACCACCAUUGAAACGCAAAAGAACGGGAUUAAGUUUACAAACAAGCGCCUGUCGCGUCUCAACGAAGCCCGGCAAGCACAACAUGACCGCUACGCAGAAAUUCAGGCCGAGGUGGCCGCUAAAGUGAUUGGCAUUGCAUCCGGCUACGAGGAACCCAUGGAAGAGCUGAAUGCCGUCAUCGCAGUUUUGGACGUCUUCUUGUCUUUGGCCACCGCCUCGCUGCGGGCUCCCGUACCUUAUGUGCGCCCCGUCAUGCAUGCCAUGGGGGAAGGCAACAUCACCUUGAAGGCCUGCCGCCAUCCCUGCCUGGAGGUGCAAGACGAAUUGGCAUUCAUCCCCAAUGACGUGGACUUGCGUCGAGAGGACGGCGAGUUUCAAAUCAUCACCGGGCCCAACAUGGGCGGUAAAUCGACCUACAUUCGACAGAUUGGCAUGGCAGUCUUGAUGGCACAGAUUGGCUGCUUUGUUCCAGCAAACACGGCCGAGAUUGCGGUGGUGGAUGCCGUUCUGGCCCGCGGCAUCUCAACAUUUAUGGCAGAGAUGCUGGAAACUGCAAGCAUUUUGUCAGCCGCGAGCCGUAACUCACUCAUUAUCGUGGACGAGCUGGGCCGUGGCACAUCCACUUACGAUGGCUUUGGGCUAGCCUGGGCUAUUUCAGAGCACAUUGCCAAGACCAUUGGGGCGUUUUGCCUUUUUGCGACGCACUUCCACGAGCUGACGGCACUCGCAGACGAAUUGCCAAGCGUUGUCAAUCUACAUGUGGAUGCUUUGACUUCCAACAACGAGCUCACGCUGCUUUACAAAGUCAAACCAGGUGUCUGUGAUCAAUCUUUUGGCAUUCAUGUGGCUGAAAUGGUGCACUUUCCAGCCGCUGUGAUUGAGGACGCCAAACGCAAGGCAGCUGAGCUGGAAGACUUUGAAAACACGGGCGAACUUGGGUCAACGCCAGACAAAAAGGCCAAGCUGGAGCAGCGAGAGGGGGAGCAGUUGCUCUCAACAUUCGUAGACCAAGUGCGCAGCAUUCAGGCGGAAGGCUUGACACCUGAACAAGCCUUUGAAAAGGUGGCGGCUCUACGAGACAAGCUGGCGGCCCACAACAACGCCUAUGUGCGCCAACGGCUGGGUGUUCGGGACUAGGCAGCUGGUCUGAUUUGGUCUUGUGUUUAAGCAGGUUUACCCUGUGCUCCUGCUGUGUUUUGCCUUGGGGUGGUCCAAAAUUAUACAUCGAAUGUCC